AUGUCUUUAAACCCAAAUAUCGCCAAACAGAAGCCGAAUGGAAAUAUUCAGUGUUUAGUCUGCAAUACGGAAGUUAAGGCAAAAGUAUGGACAGCUCAUGUGAAUGGUAAGAAGCACAGAGACAGCAUUGAGCGGAUAAAAGCACUUGCUGCUGCUCCGAAAAGACCGAUUGAGUCGAAUGCGGAAGAACCUCCGAAUAAGAAAGCUAAGGAGUCGUCGAGUAAUGAUGGACCAAAAGCAAUUCCAGACGACUUCUUUGAUGGAUCAUCGGCCACUGAUUUGACGACUCGCCGAAAAGAUGAUUCAUUAAAGAGUGACCAGUUCAAAUCAUCAGGUGUAAUUGAAGGUCUUCCGAAAGGAUUUUUUGAUGAUAAGCAGAGGGACAAUCGAGUACUUGACACUCGCGAGAAAAAUGCGAUUCUCGACAAGGAGUUCGAGCGAUGGAAGGAGGAAAUUGGUGAAGAAACGAACGAGCAACAAGCAAAAGAGGAAGAAACCGAAGCAGCGGAAAUUCGAAGGCUCGAGCUUGAACGCAUCGAUGAGCAAAUGGCUGCUUUGAAAAAGCUAAAUGAGCUUGAAAUUCAAAAAGAAAAACGAUUACAUCAGGCGAUGGAAAGACGAAAGGCGAAAGAGGCCGAGAAGAAGAUGGAACUCGACGAAGACGAUGAUGACGUUGAUUUUGAUGUUGAUAUUGAUUGGAGAGCAAAAGAUAUCUUCUCAUAA